CUUCUGCUUCCGGCUUACACCUUUAAAAACGCGAUUCGUAUUAUGCUUUCCGCACUAAUGUCGGACUCCCUGGGAUACUCUUUCGUGAAGCACUUCAAAGGUUACUUCGGUUAUUUUUUGGGUUUUUUUUUUUGUGUUUCUAAAUCUAAAUCUACAGACCCCGACAGGUAUGCGUGCAGUGAAUCCACUGGUUGCGGCCUGCUGUUCUCGUGGCAACGCAUUGGAGCACGAUCUCGGCCGAACGAACAGACACCACAACAACAACAUCACAGGUCUGUGCCUUUUGUGCCGUGGAACGGUGACGCUUCAAGCGUUGACACUGACAUAUGGCGGCGGCGGCGGCAGUGUAUCCUGUCACCCCGUUUGCCUAACGGCACGAUCCCGCGGGCCACCGCGGCACCCGGGAUCAAAGGGAUGCGCAUCCGUGGAUGCUUUGAUGAAGUGUUCGAGAGCUGCUCAGGUGGAGGACCUUGACUUUCCAAAUGUUUACGUUCUUUUUUUCUGUUUCGUUUCUUCUGCUGCCUCUACUGGCGUCGGUGCGAUUCCGUUCGAUUCCGUCGACGGACCACCGCCGUUUGCACCGCGUUCUCUGUUCCGUUUUCGCGCUCUUUUCCCCUUUCGCUUCGUCAUUUCCGUUCGCUCCUUACGCUUUCUUUCUUGGUUGCUUUAUUUCUUCUUUUCUCUCUCCCUCGGAAGAUGGGGGUCUCGGGUCCCCCCGUAAAUGGUCUGGCCUCCGGUUGAGCGCUCUCGAACGCAUCAAGGUGGUGUAACUGAAGCAUAGCUGUCCUUGGGGUCGCCCAACGAGCAAAGAUCGGACUACUGUCUGCCAUACAGCAGCCACAGCAGCACCUGUAAUCGCUCGAACGCUCGCAUCAAACAUCAAUGUGGCGAGUGGCGUAGGGAGCAGUAUUGAGCGCCAGAGUUGGAGGUUUUGUCCUCGGAAACUCGAAUAUCAGAGGCGUGUAAUAUGAUGCGACGCGCGUGGAACGCGCGCAGUAUCCGUUGAUUCAAGUCCCACGAAGAAAAAAAAUCAAAGAAAUUCAAGCGAAACAAAGAUCAAGCAGAAGCGAAAGCGGACGGGAAACUCGUGAGAAGCGAGCGUAAGCAGCUGAAAAGUCGGCGUAGAAAGGUGAGAUUAGUAUACCUGUAGAAGUUAAAAGACAAAAAAAAAACACCACAAACAAAACUAGUGGGAAGCGGUGUAAGCAUUAAUAAAGUGUUCCCCCCUGCAGUGGAGUCCUGAAACCAUCUCUGGAGAAUAUGACUCCUCCUGCCGAGGUUCACAAAAAAGGUGCGAAUUUGUUCCAAACAGCAUUUGCUAUGGCUGGUCAGUGCGAAGUCAGGUUACGGUGAGUCCCAUCAACAACCAGACAGUCUCGAUGUCGCCUGACAGACAAGUGUGCUGUAAAUCUGUUGUAGGGGAUGGAAAAAACAAUAUGAACUUUAUUUCGAUCCUUUCC